UAAUAAUAAUAGUAAUAAUUAUAAUUAUAAAAGAGAUACGGGUGAAAGGAAAUUUCUGAAUUCAUCGUACAAAAGUAUUUAUCACCAAAUGUGAGAACUUCGUAUCAAGAUUUUGGGAUUGCUAUUUGUUAAGCAGAACACUUUUGCUAAAGACAUCUUGUAUUCCUCGACAAUGGUGAUUUUGAGAAGACGUAGCUUUAAGAUUCUUACUGGAGCUUAUCUGAUACAGAGUAUAUUGUCAGUGUAUCACUUAAAUCUAUAUGGGACAUAUCCAUUCCCCAUAAUAUACCCUGUAAAACGCUAGUAGUAUAGAAAUAUAAAACAGGGAAAGAAUAUAGUGCUCCCAAAAGACUUACCGCAUUUUCUGAUAUACUUCUCUAAUAACUACCAAGAAUUUUAUUAUGCACUGAUAAAAGUUUUAAAGCAAAAAGGAAUAAAUCCAAUGCAAAAUGCAGACCCACGUUUAAACGUUUCGCAGCAGCAGCAAACAGCCGCUACCGCCACGCAGCCACUGAAUAACGUCAAUCUAACGUCUGGCCUAAAUACUCAGAACAAUGGAUUAAAUCCAGUGGUUGGAAUAGGGCCCGUGGGAAAUUCGGCUGGUACGGUGAUACCAGGAGUACCUGGACAAAUUGGAGGACCAACAAAUACUGGACCACCAAUUGGAUCGGUACCAUCUGGCAUGGGAGGUGUAAACCCACCCAUGGGUGGAGUGACACCAGCUGUUAACAUCGGUGGCCCACCAGCAUGGCUUCAAACAGAACUGGCCAACCUUCAGUCGCAACAGACGACUCUGCAGGAACAAGUUAGACAAUCGGAACAAAAUCUUGCUGCCCAACAUGCUGCAUUGAUGGCGCAACAACAAGGCAGAGUAGAGGAUGCUGUCAGACAAGCUCAGGAAACGGCUCUGCAAAAUAGUGCACAAAGCACAAACACAGAUCUUACCGCAUUUGAUACAGUUCUGCAACCUAUUAUUGAUAGCUGCACGAAAGAUAGCAUAAGCGCGGGAAAAGCUUGGAUCCUUCAAAAUUCUGUAACACCACAAAGCAAUCAAGUAGUUGCCGACCAUUUAUUGAAAAAAGUUAUCCAAGGAUCUACGUUUAGUCAUAAGCUUCAUAUUAUAUAUUUGGUAAACGAUGUCCUGCAUCAUUGUGCUAGAAAAAAAUCUAUGGAUCUUCGGAAGGCAAUGGAAAGUGUUGUUGUUCCCAUGUUCUGUAAUACUUCAUUAGCUGCAUCCGAAGAGCAACUUAACAAGCUUAAUAAAUUGUUAAGCCUUUGGGAAUCGAAGAAUAAUUACUUUGACGAAGGGAUUAUAGAUAAAUUAAAACAACCGAGCGCAUCUUGGUCCGAAUAUCAAGCUAAUUUGGUAUCGCAACAUGCAAGUGCUAUUACUCCGAUCACAACUUCUACGAAGCAAACAUUUGAUAAUUAUCAAGCGCAACAUCAAGCGUUUGUUACGCACGCUUUGAGACAAAUUCAAAAUAUUGAACAGCAAAAAAUAGCGAUCGAUCAGCAACUUAAAGCACCACCCCCGCCGCCCCCGCAAAUGAAUCAACAGAACAUGUCAUUACCCCCCAAUCAUACUGGCCCAAGCGGACCGAUGGGUAGCGACGUUAAUUUUAGCCAACCUCCGCCUGGUUGGGGUGUAGCGCCAGGAAACGAACCACCACCAUUCGCGAACGUUCCUUUACCGGAUUUUUCUAAGCCUCCACCAGGAUUUGGCCCACCUCCUGUCAUUCAUGAACCGUCUGUCGAGGAUUUGAUGCCUAGCAUGCCUUACUUUGAGUUGCCUGCAGGUUUAAUGGUUCCGCUCAUUAAACUGGAAGACGGAGAGUAUAAACCUUUGGAUCCCGACGCAAUCAGACUUCCACCGCCCGCACCACCCAGUGAUCGAUUGGUUGCAGCUGUAGAAGCAUUUUACGCUCCUCCAAAUCACGAUUCACCGAGAGACAGCGAUGGAUGGGAGAAACUUGGUCUCUACGAAUAUUAUAAGGCAAAAAAUUCUGCCCGUAAACGCAAAGAGGAAGACAUUGUGGCUGGCAUUAGACAAAAAUCAAAGUCUCCGUCGCCUAUUUUAAGGCCAAGAUCGAAAAGUCCUAGCCCACCAAAGAAACGUUACAGAAGCAAAUCUCGUAGUAGAUCGAGAUCUAGAUCGAGGGGUAGGAGUAGAUCGCGAUCACCAACGGCGAAUCAUAGACGUAAUAGCCGUAACAGUAAUCAUAAUACCAGGAGUCGUAGAAGAAGGAACAGUAACAAAGAUCGAAGUCCAGAGAGGAGAUUAGACAGACAAGAUCGCAGUCCAACUCCUCCGAGUUUUCUUGGAUCGACGUAUAGUAAAGCUCCGCAAGAAAUAAGCCUCGACGAAAGUAAUAAGGGGCACCAGUUGUUAAAAAAAAUGGGCUGGGGUGGUGCAGGACUAGGUGCCAACGAGCAAGGUAUCGAGGCUCCUAUAUCGGGUGGUGAAAUUCGAGAUAAAAACGAUCAAUACAAGGGAGUCGGCAUCAAUUUGAACGAUCCGUAUGAAAAUUUUCGGAAGAGUAAGGGGCAGGCGUUUAUUACUCGAAUGAAAGCAAGAGCGGAAGAGCGUGCCGAAGAAAGGGGUGAACGGGACUGAG